AUGGUUGUUCAAAGUCGUCAGAAGAGUAAUGCCAAUCUCCACUGCCGAGAAGUUGAGUUUGAGGUUGGUGACUAUGUCUUCUUGAAAGUUACUCCCAUGCGUAGUGUGAUGAGAUGUGGAGUGAAGGCGCAGUUGGGGCAUGGUCACAAUGUGUUCCAUGUGUCGAUGAUGAGUAAGUAUACUCCAGACCCAUCGGACAUCAUUGAGUAUGAGGCUAUCCCUCUUCAAGAGGACGUGACAUGUGAAGAACAACCUAUCAGAAUCUUGGUGAGAGAGUUAAAGGUGCUAAGGAAUAGAGAGAUUCCCAUAGUCAAGGUCUUAUGGCAGAACCAUAGGGAAGACGAGGCUACUUGGGAGUCAAAGUCGAAGAUGUAUGAGAAGUAUCCUCAUUUGUUUAAUUUUCAGCUUGAGCUUGUACUUUGA